CUCGGGCUCUGAAGGCGUCCCUCCUGUAGGAUCAGGCUCCGGAGAGGGCGGGCGGGCGGGGGCCUCUCCUUCCCGGCCGGGCGCCACCUGCAGGAAUCAGGGCUCGAGCAAGCGAGUCUCCCCGCGGCUUCCUUCAGGACGUUGGCCCGCUCGUCACGUCACCCCGAGGCUGAGGGCGCGGCCUGCUGCUAGCGGCGGCCAUCAUGGCGGAGCUCUAUGUCAAGCCGGGAAACCCGGACCGCGGAUGGAACGACCCGCCUCAGUUUUCCUACGGGCUGCAGCAGCAACGGGCCACGGCGGAUCCGCAGGCAGCCGGAGCCAAGAGGGGGCCGCUGAGUCGACGCGCGGCCGCGGCGGGAGAAGAAAGGCCGCCGCCUCCGCCUCCUCCCGGGCCAGGUCGGAGCAGCUUCGUGCUCUUUUCUGAGCGGUGGUUUUCGCCUUCUUUCCUUCUUGUUCCAGAAAGUGCUGACUUCUCACCUGCACCACCAGCAUUUCCCCCAAAGUCUUCAGGGUCGGCCCCUUCUGCUUUGCUAGACUCUUCUUUGACGACAAAUGCCCUUGAGGUUGAAGAGCAGUGUGGUGUGGAGGAUGUUCUGUCCCCCUUGAAUGAGGCUUUGGACAGCUGCAGGAAAUUUGCACGGAAACAGGUUUGCGAUGAUAUCAGCAAGCGCUUGGUAACGCUGGAGCAGAUGUGGACACAAGGGAAACUCACAGCUCCUGUGAGAAGAGGAAUGAGGAUUUUAACAGAAGAGCUUAAGGGUCAACACUGGGAUGCAGCUGACGAGAUUCAUCGCUCAUUGAUGGUGGACCAUAUCAAUGAAGUCAGCCAGUGGAUGGUAGGAGUAAAAAGGCUCAUUGCAGAAACAAGGAAAUUACCCACAGUGGAUCUGGCCUUAGAGGAGCAAGAAGUUGGAACCCGGCUGGAGCCAGAACACCAAUGAAAUUAGGUUGAGCCCAGGGACUCCACCAGCAAAUAUAAUGCUGAGCCUUGUCUUGGAAGCAACCUGGACCAGUUCCUUUCAAGCUGAGAGCGGUUGUUAUCUCCUUAGAGUCAGAUAGUUGCCUGUUCUCUGCUGAUGACCUGUCUAAUCGGUCAUUCAAUAAGAGUGUUUUCUGAAGCCAGUGAUGGAGGUUAAAAAAUGCCCAGCCCAAAUAGUCUGUGCAAACUGGAAGAAAGUCUGCAUGGGGAUGUUGCCUCCUCUCAGCACUCCCUAGUCCCCAUACAUCCUACAUUCCUCACACAAAAUGCUUUUCAUGUGUCCACUGGGGAGUGGACACUGGUAGCUUUGUAUUCAAGCAGCAGAGUCUACCACAAAGGGGGAGGGGGAGUAAAAUCUAAGUAAAAUGUUUUCUGCCUUCGUUAAGAAAAAGCCUUGUUUCUAUUUUGUUUCACAAACUGAUGUUUUAGAAUUUUACAGAUGUGUUGCUGCUAGAGAUGUCAAAGUCUGAAAAAGGAAUACUCUUCCCCCUUUCAGUUUUUUGCAAUAAAAAUAGAAACUGAGGGACACUGAAAA